UAGAAGAAUUCCAUUAAUUUCUCUACAGGCUCUUAGUUAUAAUAAGAAUAUGGAGCCUGUAUUUGAAGAUGAAUGGAGUGGAAUGUGUUCCACUGAUCAGGAGGCUGAUUUCAUGGCUCAGUUGCUUUGGCAGCCUAAUAACAUUGACAAUAUGUAUUUUUCUAGUUAUAAUGGUUGUAGUAGUUCUCAGUUUUCCUUUCCGAGUCAUGAAAGCUACUAUCAGAGUCAUGUUCAGUCAAUCUUGACGAGAAAUGGAAGUUCAAUAACAAAGGAAAAUGGCAUGGUGGAAGGUGAAAACACAAGUUCACCCUCUCAGGUGCUUGCUACUUACAAUCCAAUUGAGGUGGAUGACUUCCUCAACCAAGAUGUGAGCAUGGAGUCUGGUGAAAACACGGCUAAAUUAUUGGAUAGUCCACCAGAGAGCUCAAAGAAAAAGAGAUUGUGCAACCUGCUAGGGGAUGUCCCAAAGAACAAGAGAAGCGUAAAUCUGAAGAAGGCUAGUGAGAUGGAUGGAAAAAACAAGGCUGCACUUCAGCGGCAGAACUCGAUAAGUUGCUGCUCAGAAGAUGAAUCUAUUAAUGUACCAAAAUCCAGAGCUAGCAGAGGCUCAGCAACUGACUCCCAGAGCUUGUAUGCUAGGAAAAGAAGAGAGAAAAUUAAUCAAAGAUUAAGAAUUUUGCAGAGUCUAGUCCCUAAUGGAACAAAGGUUGAUAUUAGCACCAUGCUUGAAGAGGCAGUCCAGUAUGUCAAAUUUUUGCAACUCCAAAUCAAGCUUUUGAGCUCUGAUGACCUAUGGAUGUAUGCUCCCAUUGCAUACAACGGAAUGGACAUUGGCCUAGAUCUAAAGAUAGGCACUCCAAAAUCGUAAUGUUGAAAAGCUAACAAUACAUGGUGGUCUUAUUGUACAUUAGUAAAUUGAUCGAUGAGAGCAUUAUCAGACAGGGAGAUAGAGAAUCAUUGUCAUUUUGUAAUGGUGUCUAAUAAAGACUCAACCUAUCGACUGGUUAUAUUACUUAUCCAUGAGAGACUAAUCAUUUGACUGAAUAUCUCAACAUGAUGAAGGAGCUGGCUUUUUAAGUGUUUAUACUUUAUAGCAUUUCUUAGGUUGUCAUGAGGUGUUAAUUAUACAAACUGAAUUACGAAAAUCAAAAAGAAAUCAUCUGUAAUUUGUUCUGGUAUUUCCAUGCUGAUACUCGUCCAUGAGCCUAAGUUUGAUGCAAAAAUGGUCCAGGGUCGGUUUAA